GCUUUCAUGCUGUCACAACUUGCUAUCCUUCUGUCUUAUUGCUGCACAAAGACCCCUGCUCGGGAAAUGUAGUGAACGCUACUGUAGUAGAAACAUUAUGUAAGUCACAACAGACUCAAGUUCUCUCAUCACGGUGGUUAGCUAACGUUAGCUACGAAGCUAGGUUACUCGGACAAGCCUUGUUACGACAGCUAACUUCGCUAUGUGAACUAACUAAGCCAGGAAAGUGGCGAUAAAGAAACUCAGCGACUGGCUGCUUGGUGCACAUUUAUUGUUUCCACUUCUGAAUGUGUUGCAGGUCGCUCUCAUGUGCCCAUGGAGAAAGCGGCCUUUGAGGGGUGGCUGGAGACUGUCUCUGCCACUUUCCUUACGCUGAACGACCAGCAGCGCAACCAGUCUCUGGACCACCUCAUCUCCCUGAGCGGUGCCGUCCAGCUCCGUCAUCUGUCUAAUGGACUGGAGACGCUGCUGAAGCGCGACUUCGUGCGCCUCCUUCCUCUGGAGCUGGCUUUCUACCUGCUGCGCUGGCUGGACCCACAGACCCUGCUCACCUGCUGCCUCGUCUGCAAACAGUGGAAUAAGGUGAUCAGCUCGUGUACAGAGGUGUGGCAGGGUGUGUGUCGGAAGCUGGGCUGGAGGAUCGACGAGUCCAUUCAGGAUGCUACACACUGGAAGGGGGUCUACCUGAAGGCCAGGCUGCGUAUGAUGCAGCUGAAGAAUCAGGAGGCCUUCGAGACGUCCUCGCUCAUCGGCCACAGCGCUCGCGUCUACGCACUCUACUACAAGGACGGCCUCCUCUGCACAGGAUCUGAUGACCUUUCUGCCAAAUUAUGGGAUGUGCGCACCGGGCAGUGCAUUUAUGGAAUCCAGACACACACCUGCGCCGCGGUGAAAUUCGAUGAACAGAAGUUGGUCACCGGGUCCUUCGACAACACCAUAGCAUGCUGGGAGUGGAGCACAGGGGCUAAAAUCCAGCAGUUCCGGGGCCACACAGGAGCAGUCUUCAGUGUGGACUACAAUGAUGAGCUGGACAUUCUGGUGAGCGGCUCUGCAGACUUCACAGUGAAGGUGUGGGCUCUGGCAGCUGGAGCCUGUCUCAACACUCUGACUGGACACACUGAGUGGGUCACCAAGGUGAUACUACAGAAAAGUGAAGUAGAAUCUAUGGUGCACAGUCCUGGUGAUCAUAUCCUCCUAAGUGCUGAUAAGUAUGAAAUUAAGGUCUGGCCUUUAGGGAGAGAAAUCAACUGUAAGUGUCUGAAGACUCUGUCAGUGUCAGAGAACCGCAGCAUCAGCCUCCAGCCUCGCCUGCAGUUUGACGGACGCUACAUUGUCUGCAGCUCUGACCUCGGAGUUUAUCAGUGGGACUUUGCCAGUUUUGAGAUUCUCAGGGUGAUAAAAACGCAGGACCCAGCCAACCUAUCCCUGCUCAGCUUCGGGGAUGUGUUCGCCCUCCUUUUCGACAACCACUUCCUGUACGUAAUGGACCUGAGGACAGAGGCCAUCUCGGGCCGCUGGCCUCUACCCGCCUACAGAAAAUCUAAACGAGGAUCCAGCUUCCUGGCUGGUGUGACCUCCUGGCUCAACGGCCUGGACGGGGACAAUGACUCUGGAUUGGUGUUUGCCACGAGCAUGCCCGACCAUAGCAUUCACUUGGUACUGUGGAAGGAGAACGGAUAGAAGCCAACUCCAAACCCCCCUCUCCCCCCUCCCUCCCAAGACUGCUAGGAUAUGAGCCACCGUCAUGUGUGCUCUGGAACAUAUGAACCUUAAUAGAUCAUGCAUGGACCAAAGCAUCUUUUUUGUUUUGUUUUUUUAAUCGGUUUCUUCCUUGCAUACAGUCAUCCUCUACACAUACACAUAUGAACAGUAAGAUAUGGAAAUGGUUGACAACCUUAAAAACAGAUGAAACUAUUACUGUUGCUCCUCUCAUCUUAGACAAAGACAAUUGACUUCUUGAAAAUCCAAAAAUGGCAUCAAAAGUUCCAAAAUAAACACGAUUAUUAUUAUUAUUGUAAUUUUUUUUUGGCAAAUUAAUUCUUUGGAGAGUUUCACAUUGUGCACUGAGAAUAUUUUAGCCAACCUUUCAUCCACUCUAUAAUUGGAUGCCAAUUUUGACCAAUGAGCUUUUCUUACCAGGAUAAGAAAAUGUGCUAAUGCUAAGCUGCUCGCUGAACUGAUUUGCCAAAAAUCAUGGGUUUCCUUGUAGAAAAACAGGUUCGCCUUAAGCACAGAACAUCUCCUUUGACACCAAGAGAGAUGUUACAAAGAUUAUUUUUACAGAGGAAGCUGUACAUCGUAUCGUAUGUUUGAAAGUGGUAUGGUACAUCGUCGUGUACCAUGUAAAACAUUGUGAGGUUUCAUGUAAUUCCACUGAAUAUGCUUCUUUUUUUUUUAAACAGGGGGGUUGUGGUUUAAAUGUCAGCUUGAGAAAUGUGAUGUGCCUUUUCAGUUUUCAUUUGACAUUACAAAACUAGAAUUUCCUCCAUAACUCCGGCACAUUACAGUAAUCACAGGUGAUGACUGCAUUGUAAAAAUCUUACUUUUACGUUGGAUUUUGUUUGUCAUAUUUACUGUGCUCUAACAGUCUGAGAUGUCUGUAAUUUUAUAGCUAUCUACCUGACAUGACUCGCUCAGUGAAUGGCUUAUAUAUGAAUCAUUGACUGUAUUUAAAAACAUCAGGUUUAUUUUUCUAUGCGUUGCGCAGAGAGAGGAAGUGACGAGUAGUUGGUUCUGUGCAAAAAAAAAUUGCUAUUUUAAAAACAUAAAAGACAAUUUGAAUAGAUGGAAACAAUCUGAAAUGCCUUCUCAUGUUUUAACAUCGUCUCAAUUCCGUUUUUUCUUCUACGAAACUAAAAGCUCAGCCAAGGUUGAGUCAGUUUCCCCCCCAGAUUUCUCACUGAUGUCUUCCUUUGCAUUGGUAAGUCACAGAUCACUACAGAUGGAAAUGUAUUCAUGUACACCAAACCUCAUUUAUGACAGAUGAGUUUUUCUCUUGUAUACAGACUGUAACCUGUUCCUCACACACAGAUUUAAUGUACACAGCUGAUGUACAGACUGUUCUUAGUUUAGGUUUUUCAAAUCUAAUUAAAACUCCACCGAUAUAUAUAUAUAUAUAUUUUGUACUGUUAUCUGACCAUUGCACCACAUUAUGCCCCCACCAGCAGCACUCGGUUACAUUUUUUAACAAGCGUGAUAUGAUUUUUGUGUAAAGUGAUACGUUGAAAUGGGAAGAGAAGAAAUAUGAAAUGGGAUGUUACAUUUUGUGUUCAAGUAUCUCUGCACAGUUUUUAUUUCACAGAAUCUAUUCGCAUUUUGUCACAGCUUUAUAUGGUCAUCUGCAUCCAUCAGCUUCAAUACUGCAGCCUUUCAAAGAAAUAAAAGUA